GAAAAACGACGCAGAAAUUCCAACUGCAGGCAAAGGGAUCCUCAGCUUUACGUUACUCAUAAAAAGGAGUUACAGGGCAGAGUUAAAUGAAUUCUCAGUCUAAUGGCCGCAGCCAGAGACCCAAAGGGAAGAGGGUAAAGCUGGCCAUUCAGAUUGUGUCGGUUUUGGCUGUUUGCUUGUGGUUGUUAUACCAAGCAAAGCAGUCUCGUGAUAAGGACUACAGUGGAAGUGUACAGAACGAGGUUAUUGAAAAACAUGGUUCUGGUAUUUUGGGGCGUAAAGCGAAUGCAGGUGGUUCAAUUCUUGUGGGAGAAAGCCUAAACGAUGAAGAUCGGGGUGGUGGAGUUGAUGUAUUGGAUGGAAAUGUUGAAGAGAAGCACAAAGUAAAUGAUGAUGGAGAUCUUGGGAGACCUGAAGGGAAAGAAAGUGAAAAGAAAGUGGAAUUGAUAUACAAAGAACUGAACAAUACUGACGAUAAUUCUGAUAUUGAACUCAAAGCUAAUAGUGAGGCAGUGGGACUGGACGAGAAUUCAUUGCAAGAAGGAAACUCCCAAGUAGGGUAUGAAGAUAAACAGGUGACAAUGUCUGAUCAGGACGGUGAGAAAGAUGCGAAGAAUACUAGUCACCAUGAAGUUGGAGAGGAUGAGGAGCAAAUAUCACAUGUUAAUCGUGAUGAGCAGGACAUGAAAGGGACACACAGAAAGAGAUCACAAUUCAAUGGUAAUGGUGUCCGUGGCUUUGAUGAUGAGAAUGGUGUUCCUGUGGACGGUAACGAUAUCAUAGAAUCAAGAGCGACUGAAUCAAGUGGUGAUGGUGAAAUUAGUUCACAUGAAGAAAUGUAUUCAACUUCAAACAGUGAAAGCACUCAAAGUGAAGAAGUUGUUGUUAGAGGAGAUAAUGCUGAUUUUGAAGCCAGAAGCAAAAUCUCGGUACAAGAUUCAGGUUCUAAGGCAGAAACAAACUCUGAAGCUAGUGUUCAGGUAGAUACCUCAAGGAUCAAUAAUGUGACUGGAACUAUACAGGGAGGCACUUCAGUUUCAGAUCUCUAA